GUAUGCUAUAUAUAAUGCAAAAUUUAGUUUUAAACCAUCAGAACAACUGAUGAAUGAAAUAUACAUAAUUUAAAAUUAAAAUAAAAAUUUUCUUAAAAGUUAUCUGAAAAUGCUAAUCGCAAGGUGGAUUGUCAUCUUUGCAAUAUUGGGAGUUGCCAUAUGUCAAGACGCGGAUGGGACGUAUUUGCAGACAUUACUGAAGGGUCUUGCAACUUCUAACAACGUGCAGCAAGCCGGUUUAUCUAGCGAAGCUCUUUUUUCACUCGUUGGCUCCGUUUUACAAGGUAACCUAGAAAAAAUCAUAAAUGGUGUGGUGGAUACAUUGACAAUGACACUAGAUGAGGCGGCCAAAAACUACACCAGUAGCUUGUGCUUGAAUCAUACAGAACUGUUCAUCAAGGCACUGGCUCGCCGAGAAAACUGGGCGCUUAGAAUGGUUGACUCUAUGGGAAAACCUGGAACCGAUCUGAUGGACUUUAGUUUGAACUGGGCGGGAAAUUUUGACGAAUGCGUUGCUAUCAAAGCUGAAAGUUACACAGAUCCAGUUGCUAAAGAAGGGUUGGAACAUCCUUAUACUGGAAAAUACUGCACCGCAACAGUUCAGUUGACCGAUGCGACUCUAAGUUUUGCUGGUCCAUUGGGAUUGAAUAUUGGUAUGUGCCUUCCUGAUACAUGUUCCAGUGCAGAUGGUUCAGCAUUGAUGAAUAUUGUGACUCGUCUUCUUCGACUUAACAUGACAAUUCCAAAGAUGUACAUGAGCUGUCAAGAGAAAUCACUCGAGUUCACAGAUAAGGCUCUUGCAGUCACAAUUGUAGGUUCCAUAUUUGCAGCUGUUAUUGUGGUAGCAACAACUUAUGACGUCAUUAUUCAACACUACCUCCGGAAGGGAGCUAAAAAGGAUAAAACGCAAAAAGAUGACAUUAAAGCUGUCAAUGGGGUCGUAAACGCCGCAUAUAAUCACUCGAUUUCAAAAGACGAUUUAUCAAACAGUGAUAUGAAAGUCCACAAGAAUGGCGGACUGCCAAAUGGCUUCACUGACUUGGAAAAGGCAACAAACAGUGAAAUAAGUCCGGAUAAAGCUCCUUAUAAACCAGGUAUACCUGGAAAGCUGCUACUCUCUUUUUCUGUAUACACAAAUGCUCCGAAAAUCCUGAACACUAAUCAGCCGAAGGGAACGUUGACCAGCGUCAAUGGAAUCCGCUUCCUCAGUAUGACCUGGGUUAUUCUUGGACAUGUAUAUGCAUUUGGGCUAAACUUAACGGACAAUUUGGCAACGUUUUUUCCACAAAUAGCCAAACGAUUCACAUUCCAGGCGAUAAUGAAUGCAUCCUUUUCUGUAGAUACCUUUUUCGUUCUCAGUGGUUUGUUAGUGUCAUACCUUUCGUUACGUGAGAUGAAAAAGAGAGGGGGAGCGUUAAAGUUCAACUGGCUGUUGUUUUACUUUCAUAGAUACUGGAGGUUGACCCCGCCAUACAUGCUACUGCUCAUGUUGUAUGUACCAACGUUUAAAUACUGGGCGAACGGACCAUUCUGGCCACAGACAGGCGUAGACGUCGAUGAAUGCAAAGACACCUGGUGGACUAAUUUAUUAUACAUCAAUAACGUUUACAAAGCAGACAAACAAUGUAUGGGAUGGAGCUGGUACCUAGCCAACGACAUGCAGUUCUAUGUGAUAAGUCCUUUCAUGCUAGUUCCUCUUUAUUACUCACCUAUAGCCGGGGCUGUGGCGUGUCUUGCACUAAUACUUGGAAACUUCAUAAGCGCAGGCAUGAUAUCCAGUCAUAGCCAUUUCCAUGCGAACAUACUGUUCGAUCAAGAUCAAACGGUCGGUAUGAAGCUGUAUGUUAAACCAUGGACUCGGGUUGGACCAUACGUUGUCGGCUUUUUCACUGGAUAUAUUUUAUACAAGACAGAAUGCAAAGUUCAGAUGUCAAAGGUAGCCAAUUUUGUUGGAUGGUCCGUAGCAACAGCAAUAGCAGUAAGCGUGUUAUAUGGACUAUAUACAUCUGACGGUUCUCCUCCUGACUUUUCAAAUGGUGUGUCUGCCUUGUACAACGCCACGUCUAGAACUGCCUGGGGAUUGAGUGUCGCCUGGGUAAUAUUUGCCUGUGCGACAGGAUACGGAGGGCCUGUAAAUGCAUUGCUGUCAUGGCGAAGUAUAAUACCUCUAAGUCGACUUACAUACUGCGCAUACCUUGUACACCCACUCGUGAUUUAUGUUUACAUCUUCAGUAGGAGAACGAUGAUGCAUUGGUAUGAUCUUGAAAUGAUAUACCUUUUCUUGGGACAUCUUUGUGUAUCUUAUGCGGCUGCCUUUGUUCUUUCCCUGGCGUUUGAAUCCCCAAUGAUGGGACUGGAAAGAGUGUUGUUAGGCAGAAAGAAAAACAGCUAGACUGCCAACUAAAGUAAAAUUACAAUGCAAAAGUGGUUAAUUGCAAUUAAUCAGUAUGAAACGAUAAUGAUUUGUUGAUCAUCAUGGAAUUGAAUUUGUACGUUGUAAACAACAACCUCGUUGCUACACAUUUUCUGUAGCAAGAUAGUUUUUGUUUUAUGAAUUUUGCAAUAGUCAUUUUUAUUGUUACACAUGAAAUUAAUUAAAUGGAAUACAACCCUGGAAACAGAAUGUCGUCUGAAGGAGGGCUUUUCAAACAGGAUACUUGAGGAGCUUUAUGAUGAGUUUGCAUAAAAAUCUAAAAGUUCGUGCACGGAAGAUCUUUUAGUGCAUGAACAUUGAUUUUGUUGUGUAAUUUGCAUUUAAAUAAAGUGUGUGUGAUUCUCAGAAGUUUAGUUCUAAUCCGGCAGCGGGUAAAACGUCCCCCAAUCAAUUAAAAACAAAAACUAGGAAAGUAAGAAUGUAUGUUAGGCCAGUGCCCUCCAUUAAGUUGUUUUCAUAUUGUCAAGUACCGAUGGCAUGAAGGUAGAGAAGAAAGAGUGUUUAGAAUAGUGUGUUUUAGUUCAAUGUAUAAUUUAUAAAUAUGUAAACCAUUUUAUGUCAGAAAAUACUUUGAACUGAAGUAUAAAUUUCAAUCCAGUAGGAAAGAAAAAUAUCCGAAAUAUCUGUUGUUUGUAUUUGUCAAUGAUUACAUUUGAUUUGUCGUAAAUAAAGAACUUAAGUAUCUCAAA